UUAUCAAAUAUAGUUUCGACUUUGCUACUUGUCUAGUCACUGGUAGAAACUGAAAUCCGAGAUAGUUGUGAAAGAAUAAGAACUCGAUGUCGACUAAACAACACCAAGUAAUUGUGAUUGGAGCUGGCCUCAGUGGCCUAUGUGCAGCCAAACUUCUCGAUAAAUGGGAUAUUGAUGUUAUAGUACUGGAAGCCAGAGAAAGAGUUGGUGGCCGCACCUUAACUAAACGGGAUCCAAGUGUGAAAUAUGUAGAUUUAGGAGGAUCUUACGUUGGGCCCACUCAGAACCGGUUGUUGCGGUUGGCUAAAGAAUUCGGUGUUGAAACAUAUAAAGUAAACGAAGAAGAGGACUUGGUGUUUUAUGAAAAGGGAUCCCAGAAAAGAUUCAAUUCUGUUGACGCACUUCCAAGGUUCUGGAACCCCCUGGUUAAUCUAGACCUGAACCAUGUUUGGCGUACUAUCGAUAAAAUGGGAGAGGAGAUUCCAGCAGUUGCUCCUUGGAAAGCCCCUAACGCUGAGAAGUGGGAUAGAAUGACUGUUCGACAAUUUAUGGAGGAAACUUGUUUUACAAAGGCAGCUCAAAGUUUACCUUCUGUUUUGUCUGGAAUCAUAGUAGCAACCGAACCUUACGAAUCAUCACUCUUGUGGUUUUUAUGGUACGUCAAACAAUGCGGGGGCAUAAACAGGAUUGCAUCAACAACAAACGGUGGCCAAGAGAGAAAAUUCGUUGGUGGAACUCAGCAGAUUAGUGAGAAUAUUGCAAAACGUUUAGGAGAUCGAGUUCUUCUGAACAAGCCAACCGUUUCUAUUAGUCAACAAGAAGACGUUGUGAUAGUGAGAACAUUAGACGGAGAUGAAUACCAGGGAAAGUAUGUCAUCCUAGCAAUGUCACCUAUUCUUCAAAUGAAAAUUCAUUUUAAUCCACCAUUACCAAUCUUGAGAAAUCAGUUGAUUCAGAGGACACCCAUGGGGAGUGUCAUGAAGUGUAUAUUGUACUACAAGACUCCAUUUUGGAGAGAGAAAGGUUACUGUGGAUCCAUGAUUAUCAAUGAUACCGAUGAACAUCCAGUUUGCUUCUCUCUUGAUGAUACCAAACCAGAUGGGACCGUACCUGCAAUUGUAGGGUUUGUUUCCGGUGAUAAGGUCAGACGUUUGGCAUCGUUGUCUCCAGAAGAAAGGAAGCAACUUAUUGCCAGAAGUUACAGCAAAGUUUUAAAAUCACCAGAAGCUUUGCAGCCUAUUCAUUAUGAGGAAUUUAACUGGAUGGGAGAACAGUACUCAGGUGGAUGUUAUACGGGUACAUGUCCUCCUGGUUUCUUGACUUGUUAUGGAAGGGUGCUUCGUGAGCCAAUCGGACGGAUGCAUUUUGCUGGGACAGAGACUGCCACUUAUUGGUCGGGUUAUAUGGAAGGGGCUAUCGAAGCUGGUGAACGGUCUGCACGAGAAGUUUUGAACACAAUGGGACUGCUUUCAAGUCACUUGAUAUGGCAAGAAGAACCUCCUUCAGACAUUAUUCCUAUAAAGCCAUUUAAAGCCAGUUUUUUGGAGCGUAACUUACCGUCUGUCCAAGGACUAUUGAAGUUGAUAGCUGUGUCAACCAUUCUUGAAAUGGCAGCAGUCGGUGCGUUCUACUACUUGAGAUUUGUCAAAAAAUAAAUCACCACCAAGUUUGAAAACAAGAAACCUUUAAAAUGAUAUGUUAUACUUUCAUGUAAAUCAUUCUUAUAUUAAUUUUUUGUAUUAUAAAAUCUGUAGACUAGCUUCUUCGAUCUUGAAAAGUUUUGAGGUUAACAUAUAAAUGUAACUUGUGAAAGUAAUGAGUUACAUCCGUAGAGAUGAUGUAAAAUAUCAGUUGAAUUUGAUUUUCUCUAGAUGGCGCCUGUUGUAAACUAGAUGAUUGGUAAACUAAGAAUGGAAAAUUGUCAUUUGAACUAAUCGAAUAACUUGUAAUUUCAUCAGCUAUAACAGCAUACGAAAGUUGUUGUAACGGAAAUAGCACUCAAUGUAACGCUAUAUAUACAAGCGAAUGUUGUGCUGAAAAUCAGAAAGUAGAAUACGAAUAAAAACUAGUGUCAAUAAACAAGAAAUAAUAAAGAGAAGUAGUAAGCUGUA